CCCGUCGAUUUUGUACAAGAAAAUGAAAAUGGCUUCACGGGUGUUGUGUGUGUUUGAAAUUUAUCUGAAAAUAUGUGUGGCUGAAGUGGAAAACGAGCGUUACAACCUAAGAGGAAAGUGAAACAGACAUUAAAAUUGGCGUGUGUUGUGAGUAAAAGUGUUAUGGCUCUUGUUACUGUGCAGAGGUCUCCAAGCGCCAACAGUUGUAGCUCAACACCCACUUCGGACUCGGGUGCCGGCGGCUCGCUGGACGAGGAAGACGGCGCCCGGGGUUCCAACGCCACCAACACACCUACCCGCAGCCUGAGCGAGUGCUACUUCGCGGGGAAGGGCGCGGCGCUGGUGCUGCCACCGACGGACCGCGUGCGCACUAGCAGCCGGCGCGUGAGCUCCGACAUCCAGCAGCACCUGCAGUCCAUGUUCUACCUGCUGCGCGCGCAGGACACGCUCAAGAUGGCCGUCAAACUGGAGAGUGCGCACCCGAAUCGCACGCGCUACCUGGUCGUGGUGUCGUGCACGGGCCGCGGGGACGCCGAGGAGAGCGCGCUGCUUGGCAUCGACUGCAACCAAAGGACCACCGUGGGGCUCGUGCUGAAGGUGCUCGCCGACACCAGCAUCACGCUCGACGGCGACGGGGGCUUCAGCGUCAGUGUCUGCGGUCGCCAGCACAUCUUCAAGCCCGUCUCAGUGCAGGCGAUGUGGUCAGCACUGCAGACACUGCACCGUGUUAGCUCGAAGGCACGUGAGCAUAACCAUUUUUUAGGUGGUCUCACACAUGAUUGGGUUGCUUACUAUGAACAACGUGUCGAAUCGGAUCGCUCGUGCCUCAACGAGUGGCAUGCCAUGGAUAACCUUGAGUCAAGACGUCCCCCAUCACCUGACUCAGUGCGCACUAAGCCACGGGAGCGUGAGGAGACAGAGCAUGUGAUCCGAUCAACACUUAAGGAGAUAAUGAUGUCAGUAGACUUAGAUGAGGUUACAUCUAAGUAUAUAAGGAGCCGUCUUGAAGAAGAUCUUGAUAUGGAUCUUGGUGAAUUUAAAUCAUUCAUUGACCAAGAGAUGCUCACUAUCUUGGGACAGAUGGAUGCUGCCACAGAGAUAUUUGAGCAUGUCUAUCUUGGCUCUGAAUGGAAUGCUUCAAACCUUGAAGAAUUACAAAGAAAUGGUGUGAGGCAUAUUUUGAAUGUGACUCGAGAGAUAGAUAACUUCUUUCCUGGGAUGUUUAACUACCAGAAUAUUAGGGUUUAUGAUGAUGAGAAGACUGAUCUUUUGAAACAUUGGGACAAUACAUUUCGCUACAUUACAAGUGCCAAGAAAGAGGGUUCCAAGGUUUUAGUACACUGCAAAAUGGGAGUCAGCCGUUCUGCUUCAGUAGUGAUAGCCUAUGCGAUGAAAGCAUACAACUGGGAUUAUAAAAAAGCCUUUGAAUAUGUUAAGCAAAAGAGAAGCUGCAUAAAGCCUAACACCAGUUUUAUCUCACAGCUGGAAACAUACCAAGGAAUGCUAGAUGCAAUGAAACACAGAGAGAGGUUGCAGCGUUCAAAGUCUGAGACAAAUCUGGGCAAUUCCCCAGCUUCUGAAAUGUCAGGAGACCUGAAAGAUGCCUCAGAGAACCGUCAAACUACUCUCAGAACUCUCACUGUCCCUUCCUCCCUGACACUUUCAUCAUCAGGGCGUGAGCUGGCGAAGUGUGGUAACAGACCGAAAUCGUGGUCACCAGACAAUGCUGUUGCAUCAUCUAUGUUCGCAGCUGCCAGUAAUGCUCCUUCAUCUGUAUCUCUGGAACAUUUGGAUGUCUGUUGUCAGCAGGAACAAGAAACUGUGCCACAAUUGGUACGUUCUCGAAGCACUACCUCUCAACAAGCACCACAUCUUCCACAUGGAACUUCAGAUGCAAAAAAUGUCCGUAUGCCAUGCGUCAAUGGGGAAGCAUACAGUGUAUCCCAAAACAAAGUGGUCUACCUUCCAACAACCGAAACUGCUGUAAAAAGACGCGUCAGUGAACUUGAAGCUCGUAGUCGAGGUAUCACUGCAGGUGUACCUACUAGUGAGGUAACAUCCCAUCUACAAGAACAACCAACAGCUCCAGGCUCAACACCAAUGCCAUCAGCUACAGCUCUUCCAGUGCCUCAGCAACAAGUUAACACAGUUCCAGGAGGACACUUUUUACCUCCCAGUUUACCUGCUGCUACACCAUCUGUGAUGGCACCAUCACCUCCACAGAGUCCACAACCAGCAACGUCACCACCAAGUCCACCGUCAACUCCUACUGCCACAUCACCAACACCUCACUCAGAAACAGAAACCAUUGUUCAAACAAAACUAGCACCGAGGAUGCUUAAGGCAGUUUUAGUAAAGAAAGAAAUUUGGGAUCCAGGAGAGACGCGUGAUUCUCCUACUGCUUGUACUGCUGCAUGGCCCACCUCUUACGCUGCUCCAGCGGACGAUGCAGGAACAACGUUUGUCUCUGAGCUGCGUCUCUCAGAUCAACUGGCUAAUGGUGACGCAGUUCAGAAGGGAGUUGGCCGCAGAGACCCGUUUUCAGCUCAAUUGGAUCGUGUUUUUGAUAGAGAGGAGCGCCGACCGUAUGAUCAACGAGAGUGUCCCUCGAGGCAGAGUUCUUGGAGUUCCUAUGAUAGUGCAGUUGUCCUUGGAUACCAGGGUGAACGGGAUACGCCGUCCCGACAAAGCUCGUGGGGUUCCGGAGACACAGGUCGGUGGGCUGCAUCACGUAACAGCAGCUGGGGCUCUUACGACAUGCGACCACCAGCUAGUGAUCACCUCGGAUCUGCUGCUACUGGCACUGUUAAGCGUCAAGCAAAGCAGAAAUUAGAGCAAGGUGCAGGAGUGAAACGUGUUUGUGGUUCACCUUCUGAGUCUGUGUCAGGUGCAGGAUGUCCCCAUGGCCCAUGUCCUUACCUCAGUGUAACUGAUAGCAACACAAAUUCCUGUAAUCAUGGACUGUUCCACUGUGCCAGCUCUCCUGCUCUGUGUGGAACACAAGGAUCAGUGACAAUGGGACCAAAACCUUCUGGGUCGGACCGCCUCUGUUUGUCAGCAGCUUCAUUGCCAUUGUCUGUCAGUGCUCCUGCAGCCUCCCCCGCAUUUCGUUCAUCUGAGCCGCCACCUCCCCCUUCUCCUCCUGAGACAUCAGAUGCACCAUCACCCUGUGUCAUCGGUACUACCCAAUGUCCAUCAGUGAAACAGCAGAGGCUUGUUUUAGAGAACCUCAGUGAUCUCGCAAAACGUAGCCGAAGUGGUCCAUCAGAUACUCCUGCAGCAGAUGGCCUAGCAGGGAUUGUGAAAAACCUUAAAAAGGAAUUUGAAGCAAAGUCAAGUGGUGCAUCGAGUGGUGAUGUUUCAGCAACUCAUUCAGACUGCACUUCAGAAGGGGCUGAUAAGAAGGUACGGAGCCUUCCGUCUUCACCUGUUAGUGGUCAUCAUAGUAGUACAAACAUGGAGGACACAUCAGUGCGCAAACUAGUUGGCCAUUAUGAAGCAAGACCACCUCAUAGACAGCGGCUGUCUUCUGAAGGUGCAGCAUCUGCUUCCCCUCCUCCACCUCCUCCUCCUCUUCCUCCUCCUCCUCCUUCUUCUUCCAUGGUUACUGCUCCUCAGCCUCUGCCACGUGCUAGACCUGUGCCAUUAUCUGUCUCCAGUGCUGGUGUCGGUGUUGGUGCUGUUGCUGCUGCCGCAGCUGCAGCUGCUACUGCGACUGCUGUUGUGGCAGCAGCAGGAAGGAAACUGCAGCAAGGAAAGACACAUCCACUUACUAGGCUGGCAAAGCCGCGCCAUUCAAACCCUGUCUAUAACACUAUGUGAUCUUAUCUGUGAUCUAUUUAUAAGCACUGGCCAUAUAUCUGAAUGGUUUUGUGUCAUUAAGCUACUGAAAUUUUACUGGUUGUUCUGUUUUAAUUCUUUUAUAUGUGCUGAUUUUUAGUUUCUCUCAAUCCCAUGAACGAGUUGUGAAAAUUGUAAUGUAACAUGUUUGUAAAAUGAAUGUAAGGGCAUCAUUUCUGCAUAUUCCUUUGUGUCAACCUAAUAAAACACAAACUGUUACAAGACACAGAUAAUCUACUUUUUUUUGCACUGAAUAGGCUGAAAUGACUAGAAAAUAGCAUGCUCAAAUUUAUGGUUCUGGAAUCAAUGAAGGAGAAAGAAGGCUGAAUGCAUUUUCACAAGAUUUCAUGCAGUAUUUGAACAUAAAGGCCAUGUGAAUGACUAAGCAUAUAAUUAAAUAAUAUUUACACACAUAUAAUGUAUGCUGUAACGAGGAUAAUACCUGUUAUUGUCUUGUGUUGUCACAGUACCAUUUGACUGGCAGUACUGCUGCCAUUAUAAUUGUACCUCAUGUUUCCACUGGUACUGUAUGACUGUUAUUCAGUGGAAACAAUAGUGUAUUGUUACUAUCACAGCUUUUUAGCAACAGAGUUGCAAUAAGUGUGCAAACCCACCAAUGAGAAGGGAAAUACAGGCACUUAACACAUCUAGGGAGGUGAAAGUUACAUUACAAAGAAUCACUUUUGUAAUUGCAGCCUCAUAUCUACUGAGCCUGUAUGAACCCAAUGAGCACAUGUGUUAAACUGUACUUCUGCUGAUAAUUUGGUAUGUAAAUUUAUUUGGACUCGAACUCCACAAAUUAAUAAUAAAGAUACUGCUAACAAAUGCCAGCAGUUAAGAAGCAUCCUAGUUUGUAAAUCAGCUUAUUUAAGAUUGUUAAGAUCCAUUUCUUGGGAUAAUAAUCAUUGUGUAUUACAGAGAAGAAGAAAUAUUGGCAUACUUCUAGUGCCACAUUGCCCCACAGGUACAAGUAAUUGGACACAUUUCAUAAUGACCUGAAAUGAAAUGAAGAGCAUCACACCAUAUACAUAUGUAACAGAUGUUUGUUUCUUUUUUAUGACGGUAGUGUUUGCAAUUUUAAAACCUGAGGAAAUUUAAAUUGCCUACCAGUGCCUGCAGUAUAGAGCCAUGACUAAGCACAACACUGUGCUGGCUGUUCUAGUCAUACAAACUUGCAGCCGACUCGGAAAUUGUGCAUAAGUUUCAUGUGCACUCACAUUUGUAAUAUUGUUUUCUCCACUUUUGUGUAAAUGUUUCCAUUUUUGUGAUUUAUGUGUAAAACUUUUGUACCAUAGUUUGUAUAAAUAAUUACAUAUAUUGUUUAUUGCUUGAGUUAA